UGGCAACCUAAGACAGUUCCGACAGCAUUGUCAAGCAACCAGCACCACCAAUUGUUAUCCACCAGCAAAUCUAGUCAUGGCCCUGAUCAAGAUCACCCUAAUCUGCUGCGCUUUGAUCGCUGCCAUCGAGUGCGCCCUGCUGCCAGCUGCAGUUCCUGUGGGAGUUCCUCUGAACACCGAGGUGGAUCCGCAUCCUCAGUACGCUUUCGCCUACAACGUUCAGGAUGCUCUCACUGGGGACAGCAAGAGCCAGCAGGAGGUUCGGGAUGGAGACGUGGUUAAGGGAUCUUACUCCGUGGUGGAUGCCGAUGGAUCUCUGCGCACUGUUUUCUACACCGCUGAUCCCAUCAACGGAUUCAAUGCGGUGGUGCAAAGGGGACCAGUUCCGGUGGCUGCUCGUCCAUUGGUGGCUCCAGUGGCUGCCCCACUUUUGGGUUAAAACCUCAAUCUUAUAGAGCUUAGAACACUGCUUGAAAUCUAGCUUUUACAUAACUUAUUGUCUGCUCCUUAGUCCUUUGUAAAGUCAUAAAUCAUUUAAUAAUAAAAUCAGUAAGCCAAA